UUAUGGAGAUUGGUUUCCGUUUCUAAUAUUCUGAUUCAACUUUUCGUUGAGUACCAACGUAAUCAGUGCGAACUAGGAGCUUGUUUGGAAUCCAAUCUUCUGUUUGACACCGGUUUGAUCACAGAAGCUUCCACGCAACAGAACUUUUGUUGUGAACAUGGCGAAUAUUUCUGAGCACACUCUUCCCAACUCAACAGGGGUAUGUCUGCUGGACUGCACAACAGCAUUCAACAACCUGACAGAUCGAGAGAAACUGUAUGCACAUUACAUCUCUCAGGCUUCCUGGUACGGAAACCUCAUAGUGCUUGUCCAGACAUCACCGGAGUCGCCUGGAAUCUUCCUGCUGCUUCAGAAGGUGUUUCGAUCUCAACCAAUCAGUGAGCUUGAGAGGCUUGCCACUGAACUUGGCCUGACCAAUGAGGAGUUUGAGGCAUUUCAGGUGUAUGCUGCUGGAUUCUAUUCAAACAUGGGCAACUACAAAUCAUUUGGUGACACAAAGUUCAUCCCAAAUUUACCAAAGGAGAAGUUUGAGAGUUUAGUCCUUGACUGUGUGGGAGGCAAGUCUGAUCCUGAAGGUAUGCGGGUCCUGUGGAACGCCGUGUCAGACAGAAUGUACUCCCUGGCUGACAGGCAGAGGGAGCUGGCACUGGGAGAGAAGGGAACUACGACCUACUUCUCCAGUAAUUGCAAUGUCCAUGAUGCAGAGAUUGCUAGUGAGUUUAUGACAGCAAAAGACUUGAGUCCAUACAACACUCGGCUGUUCAAGAAAACAGGAGGCCCCGUGGAGUAUGAAGUUCGUCUUGCGUCUUCAGAAACCUCCAAUGGGGAGGUUGCAGGUUGUGCGGCUGGAUUGCUUGGUACUCAUCAGUUUACACCCAAAGAUGGUUCAGGCCCCGUUACAUUCCACGUAACCAGGGGGGACUACUCAAAACUCAUGGCUCUUAUGUGUCAAAACCUGGAGAAGGCUAAGGCAAGCGUGGCCAAUGAAACUGAAGCGCAGAUGCUGGAUGAGUACAUUGUCAGCUUCACCUCAGGUUCCAUCCCUGCGCACAAGAAUGGCUCGAGAUUCUGGAUCAGAAACAAGGGACCAGUCGUGGAGACAUACAUAGGAUUCAUCGAGUCCUAUAGGGACCCAUCUGGAGUGAGGGGAGAAUUCGAAGGCUUUGUUGCCGUGGUUAACAAGGAGAUGAGUGCCAAGUUUGGAGACCUGGUAGACAACGCGGAGCACCUGCUGGCGUUACUUCCCUGGCCCGCUGCUUAUGAGAAAGACAAGUUCCUGCGACCUGAUUUCACCUCCCUUGAUGUCCUCACAUUUGGGUCGUCGGGAAUUCCUGCAGGGAUCAACAUUCCAAAUUAUGAUGAUAUCCGUCAAAAUGAAGGCUUCAAGAAUGUCUCCCUUGGUAACGUUCUCACGGCUGGCUACAAGGACACGAAGAUCACUUUUCUGGCUGACAGUGACAAGGAGUUGUACACAAAACUGAAGGUGGCGUCUUUUGAAGUACAGGUUGGCCUGCAUGAGCUGCUAGGUCAUGGCAGUGGGAAACUCUUCAUAAUGGAUGGAAAUGGAAAGUUCAACUUCGACAUAGAUACAGUAAAGCAUGCAGAAACUGGAGAAAAGAUCAGCAGCUGGUACAAUCCCGGGGAGACUUGGGACUCCAAGUUCACGUCCCUGGCCUCUCCCUAUGAGGAGUGUAGGGCAGAGUGUGUCGGCAUCUAUCUGUGCCUCUCCACUGAUGCUUUGAGGAUAUUCGGUCACGAUGAUGAAGAUGGAGAUGACAUAGUGUACGUCAACUGGCUGAACAUGGUGCGGGCUGGCCUGCUGGCCCUGGAGUUCUACUCCCCAGAGAAACAGCAGUGGAGACAGGCACACAUGAAUGCAAGGUUUGUGAUUCUCCGUGUGUUGCUGGAGGCAGGCGAUGGUCUUGUGAAGAUUGAUAAAAUUAUGGGAGAAGACGGAAAUCCAGACAUUGUUAUCACUCUUGAACGCUCUAAAAUCAUCCCAGUUGGCAAACCAGCCAUUGGAAACUUCCUUAGAAAACUACAGGUUUACAAGACCACAGCAGACGUUGCUGGAGGCAGGAAGAUGUUUGAGUACUAUUCCGACGUUCACGACGCUGGGGAACCACACUUCCUCUCGCUGAGGGAAAUCGUACUGGCCCGAAAGCAGCAGAGGAAAAUGUUUGUUCAGCACAACACUGUGCUUCAGGAAGAUGGCAGCAUAGCGUUGAAGUCAUAUGAGCAAACACCAGCCGGCCUGAUCCAGUCAUUGGUAGACAGGUUCCCAACCACUGAAGUGGACCCCAUCCUUGAGGAGUUGUGGAAGAAAGACAAGUCUCACUUUGAAUAGGACAGGAUGCCCUUUCAGAAGCAAAAUGACAAUGGCUAUUUGCAAACAACAUAAAACAAGAACAGCCUGCGAGUAACUCGCAGUUUUUUUCAGGUUUUAUUCUGUUUGCUGCUCAUCAGUAUCUUAAGUUUGGAUAUGAAGCCUUCAAAACUUUAAUCUAGUAAGAAAGGUCUUUAAUUGAAUUGUUUUGUUUAAAGGACUACAAACCACUCAAAUUGAGUAUCUGAGUGGUAAAGGUUUAAGAACGGCAAUCAGAACUGUCUCAGUAAUGUGUAAGCAUAUGUGCAUGUAGAAUAUAGAAACCAGGUUGACAAAGUGUUUGAAUAAGAAAUCAAAAUAAGUUUUUGAAAGGAGUUUGUGCGGAAAUUGCUUUCAUGUUUAAAUAUAUUUCACCAAAAAGAACGCAUAUUUAUCAUCUUCAAACAAUUAGAAACUGUAAUAAGUCCUUGAGCUGGGCUUGUUUUGCAAGUAAUGCAAUAAAAGAUGUGACAUGAGUUUAUAGACAGUCUUGUUUUCAUGGGCCGUACAUUGUUUUCAUAUUAAUUGAUUCUGUUUGUCAAAAAUAUUGAUAUAUAGAUUAGGGCAGGUUUGAUAUGCAUAUUAUAGUUAUAUUAAUAACUAAACAGAUAAUAAUACUUUAUUUUCCGAAAAUGAACCAUGUAACACAUUUAUUAUCAUAAAAUGAGUCAAAUGUGUAAAAUAAAGUGAUAAACUGUU